UAUGAAACUUAAGUUUGCAAAUUCUGGUGUUUACUAUGGUCUUUCAUUGAUGAGUGGCGACUUUGAACAACCAAUUCAUAUUGCCUUCAUAAUAUCUGGUCUUGUAGAGAUAAUAGGUACUUUGGUGGCGAUCCCAGUAACCCAUUUUAUCGGUCGUAAAUACCCAAUUUGCUCAGCAAUGCUCCUAGGAGGAAUAUUUCUUUUGAUUACCGUUUUUCUGUCUGACGAUACAGUCAUCUUUAUCUUAGCAAUGAUUGGAAAAUUGUCAAUUUCUGUUAGUUUCAUAAUGAUUUGGCUUUAUACUGGAGAACUAUUUCCUACGUCGGUUAGAAAUUCUGUAGUUGGAGGUGCAUCUUUCUUUGGUAGAUUUGGUUCGGCGUUAAGUCCAGCAGUAGCCUAUUCGGCAAAAACGCAUAAAACACCAACGAUCAUAGUCUUGGGGUGUAUUUCUUUCUCUGCUGGUCUAGUUGCACUCCUCUUACCUGAAACAAAGAAUGCUCACCUUCCAGAUACAGUUGAUGAAGAUUAG